UCCCAUUCACCUCACUAGUAGCUAUUCCUUGCUGUUCCAAUGUAAGCAAGGAAAGGCUUCUCUCUUUUUUUACACCGUUCUUUCCCAAAACGACGUAAAACCCUUUUCAAUUUAAAACCCUUUUCAAUUUAAAACCCUCAAAUCUCAUUCAACAUAAUCACAAGGGGAAACCCUCGUUUCGCUUCAAUCGUUGCAUUUCUCAGACGCCCAGGUCGUCAAUUGUCGAGAUUUAUGGUUUUUGGCAUUCUGGGUUUUGUUAUCUGCUUCAAUUUGUAUCAAAGAAAAUGUCUUUUGUGAUGAAGAGUGAUGAUGUUCUUAUUAGGGAAGUUUGGAAUGAUAAUGUUGAUGCGGAAUUUGAGUUGAUUCGGAAUAUCGUGGAUGAAUACCCUUAUAUAGCUAUGGAUACAGAGUUUCCAGGUAUCGUUUCGCGCGCUCUGGGCACUUUCAAGAACAGCUUUGAUUAUAACUAUCAGACCCUGAAGCUCAAUGUGGACCUGUUGAAGUUGAUUCAGCUGGGUCUCACGUUUUCAGACGAGAAUGGGAACCUGCCCACCUGUGGAACUGACAAGUACUGUGUGUGGCAGUUCAAUUUCUGUAACUUUAAUCUCAAUGAGGAUAUGUAUGCUCCGGAAUCGAUUGAGUUAUUGACCCACAGUGGAAUGGAUUUCAAGAAGAACAAUGAGAAGGGUAUCGAUGCUCGUAGGUUCAGUGAGCUGUUGAUGACCUCUGGUAUUGUGCUGAAUGAAAAUGUGGUUUGGGUGACCUUCCAUAGUGGAUAUGAUUUCGGUUACUUGCUCAAGCUGCUUACCUGCAAAGACCUUCCAGACUCGCAGACAAAGUUCUUUGAAUUGAUCAAUUUGUACUUCCCGAAAAUUUAUGAUGUCAAGCAUCUGAUGAGGUUCUGCAACAGCCUCCAUGGUGGGUUGAACAAGCUGGCGGAGCUGUUGGAUGUGGAGAGAGUUGGCAUUUCUCACCAAGCUGGUUCUGAUAGUUUACUCACCAGUUUUACCUUCAUGAAACUGAAAAACAAUUUCUUUAGUGGGUCUCCUAAGAAAUAUGCUGGUGUCUUAUAUGGUCUUGGUAUUGAGUAUGGACAUGGAUCUCAUUGAAAAUCAAAAUAGAACAUAUUAUUAAUAAAAAUUAUUGAGUUUUGUUAGAGUACAAGUGUGUGCCUGUUGCAAGUUUUCCCU